ACACGAUGUCGGGAACAUCUGCAGUGGCCGCCGCGGCAAUGUGCUCCGACACGAAUGCCGACGCAGCGACCCAUGCACACUCCAAGGUCCUGUUGCCACAAAGCUACUCGUUUGCGUGCUCUGGCUGGCUCAAGAGCUACCUCUUUGGCGUGGGCCGAGCCCUCCAAGACAUGGACUUGCAUCGAGAUGCAACGAUGCUGGGUACAUCUGGCGGAUCCCUUGCAGCCUUAUCGUUGUGCCUCGACAACGAUUUCGAUGAGAUGGUGCGGGGGGUUGUCAAGGACAUGGCCCCCACGGCUAGAUCGUCGAUUCGCAAUGCGUUCCGUGUCCGAGAGUACCUGGACGAAGCGCUGCAGAUGUGGGGAAACUUUGAUCGCCCCGGAGCCCUCGAACAAGCCAAGCGUUGCGUAAUUGUAUAUUCGUCCAUCUCCAAAUGGACAUCCCGACGGAAGAGUGUGUUCGACAGCAUCGAAGACUUGACCACAUCGAUCCACGCGUCGUGCUGCGCAGUCCCCAUUUGCGGCCUUCCGUUCCGCUUCAAUGGCGAGUGGGUCAUGGACGGUGGCCUCUUUGACUUCCAACCGGUGUUGGACGAAUCCACAGUCACAAUCAGUCCAUUUUACUGUACCCAGGCCGACAUCAAACCAUCGCAAUAUGUCCCGAUGUGGUGGGCGAUGUACCCACCUGAGCCCGAGCGCAUUCAAUGGCUGUACGAGCUCGGCAAGCACGACGCCUUUGUGUGGGCGUUGAAAAAUGGCUACACGACCAAGACUCACGUAUCCCCCACACCAUUGGAAGCAAGCUCCAUUUACCAGACGAAGCUUGGCCGUUUCCUGGGCUACAAAAUGAUGGAGUCGCAUGUGCUCGACUUUUUCUUUGUUCUGACGGUCGUCGUCAUCUGGAAACCGAUUGCAUUUGCCCUGCUAUACACAGAGCUUUGGUUGCGUGCUUUCGUGCAUGCGACCGAGUCUGGCAUGCUGGCCGUGUCAAGCGCUGGCAUGUGGAGCUGGGUCGCGACUAUGUCAGUGACACUUGCCCUUAUUGGCGCCGGCCUCGUCCUUCCCACGAGUGUGCUGCAGUGCGUUGGCAUGGGCAUGUGCAUCAUGCUGUGCUUCUUUUCGUCUUGUUCGGCACGGUUGGAAAAGUCGUACCACAAAUGGGGGCGGUGCCUCACGUGUGUCCAACUUGUGUUCAGCAUGUCGCUCUUCCUACGCACGAUUCCCGUCGUAGGGUCUCGCGUGAACAUGAAGAAACACAAGUGGCUCGUCGAACACUCGAUCGUGUACCGCCUCACCAAGGACUUUUUGUAGCUGUCUGUCUCCCGUAUAAGCUAAACUUAGAAGCGCUUCAACCAAGUGGACA